AUGAAGUUCAUUAUGACACUGGGGUCGUAUAUUAUCCCGCUGGCGACGGUCUACUUGGCCGAGUAUACCAUGCAGACGGGAGUGUGGUCGGCCAUCGGGUUCCCAGUGGAGAGCAAGGACGCGCACGCGAGCUUCUACUCGGCCGCGGGCUUGGCCUACCAAGCGGGGGUGUUCAUCUCGAGGUCCUCCGGCGUGCUGUUCCAAGCUACGCGGCCAAUUCUAUACCUCAUGCCAGCGCUGCAGGUGCUGCUGCUCGGACUGCUCGGCGGCGGCGUCUACGUGAGCGCCUACAUGCUGCUGUCGAAGGAGAUCCCACCGAGUCACGUUGAGCUGGCAGCAGCGGUGCCUGUGGGCGACACGGUCGGUGUCAUGUUUGCCGACUGCGCUGGCCUGGUGCUUCAAGGCUGCCUGUACUCCAUCAACCACCUCCCAGGCGCUGCAAUCGAUAGAUCUGUGACGCGCGCCUGUUAG